UUUACAAGUGAAAAACCCAAGGUUCAGAGAGGGAGAUGCCCCAAAAUCCGAGAGAAAUGUGAAUUCAGAGAAAGGGAUGUAUGUACAAAGGACAAACAGUGCCUGGACAACAAGAAGAAGUGUUGCAUCUUCAGCUGUGGAAAAAAAUGCUUAGACCUCCACCAAGAUAUAUGCACCAUGCCCAAAGAACCUGGCCCUUGCAUGGCAUUUUUUCAUCGUUGGUGGUACGAUAAGGAGAAGAAUAUCUGCUCCAGGUUCAUCUAUGGUGGCUGCAAAGGAAACAACAACAAUUUCCAGUCCAAAGCCAUGUGCCAGAACAUGUGCCCCAGCAAUCGAGGAAAGCUAUAGCUCCCCGGAGAAAACCCACUUUGUUUUUGCCUCCCGUGCAAAGAUGCAUGAACGUCAUUUCAAGACUCGCUCUGAAGAUAAGC